AUGCCAGUGUUCCCAAGCCAUUCCCACGUGUCUAGUGUCAGACCAGAGUACUUCCUGGAUUUCACCUGCCUGUGGCAACCGCUCGCCAACCUAGACGGCAGGACACCACUGCCAUCACAAGUCAUAUGCCGCACCAAGCCAAUGCCGCACCAAGCCAAUGCCGCUGGUAAGGAGGCGUUUCUGCCGAGCGGGGAGGGGAGGCGAAACUUUUCAUGUUCAAUCAUGGGCCGGGACUCAUGCCUACCGUACCCCAAGGGCGGUGUGUUUGAUAAUGGCGAUGGCGAUGGCACCGGGAGCGAUGGGUGA